ACUCGGAGCGGUCUACACGUCUCGUAGCAACGCGUAAGAACUUAUUUUGUCGACUGUACAAUUUCAUAACAGUUAAAAAACUUGGUGAAAACAUCGUGAACAGUGUUUGAGAAGACGCGUUUUCGUGUGAAUUCAUAUGGUUUUUAUAUUGUGUCGGAUUAAGUGACUGUUGUGAAACUGUAACUUGAUUUUCACCGGUGUUUGACCAAUGACGUGAUCCACAAUGAAAGACUCAGAUCUAAAGCUUCCGACCCGUAACGUCCUGACAGGGGCUGUCGUCCAAUGGGAGGACGAUGACCUGGGGGGCAUCGGGGAUACCGUCGAGAACCUCACACUAGCUUGGAAGGACCUCUCGGUUUAUAGGAAGAAAAAACACCAAACCAGUAUAUGGAGGUCCCCGACAUAUGAAGAAGUUAAAGUCUUACAUGGAGUGAGUGGCAUUGUAUCAUCCGGCAACCUGGUCGCGUUAAUGGGUUCUAGUGGUGCGGGUAAAACCACACUUCUGGCUGCGAUUAGUCGCCGCGACAAAAGCGCGAUGACAGGAUACCUCAUGCUGAAUGGAAGAUUAGCAGGAGCUGAUCUCAUUGCCAGAAUCUCAGGGUUUGUGCCUCAAGAGGAUUUGGCCAUAGAGUACCUGACCGUUAAAGAGCAUAUGGAAUUUAUGGCGCGUCUCAUGAUGGACAGAAGGUCUACCAAGCCCCAACGGACGAGGCGAAUCGAGCAACUGUUAGGAGAGCUCGGUGUGGUGAACUGCACCAAAACUCAGCUCAAAGCUUUGUCGGGAGGAGAGAGGAAGCGGGUCGCUUUGGCCGUACAGCUCCUAAACGACCCUCCAAUUCUCUUCUGCGACGAGCCAACCACAGGUCUGGACAGCUGGGCGGCCAGUGCCGUCGUGUCCAACCUUCGGAAGUUAGCAGUCAAUGGCAAACUGGUCAUUUGUUCAGUCCACCAGCCCGCUUCGGGGGUAUUCGAGAUGUUCCAUCAAGUGGUGCUCCUGGCGAAUGGAAGGACCGCCUUCCACGGCACAAUAGAACAGGCUGACCAGUUUUUUGGAUCCAUAAACUACAAAUGUCCAGUGGGCUUCAACGCGGCAGAAUACUACGUCUCUCUGCUCGGCGUCCAACUCGACAAAGAAUUGGAAAGUCGCGAGAGAAUCCGUCGAAUUUGUGACGAGUACCAACGUUCCGAUAUAGCUGCAGAUAUUGAGAGUCGAGUGGGAGAUGUACAAGACGAAAAUGAAUACUUCAAUGGCGAGAUUGAUGAUAAGAAUGAGGCUUUCGAGCGAUAUUUAACUCUAGUCAAAGUAAAUUACUUCGUUCAAUUCUACUGGCUCAUGUGGAGGAAUAUACAAUCAAUAAAGCACAACAGUUCCAUAUGGAUAGCAGAAUUCGUGUUGCUAUUGUUCGUCGGCCUUAUAAUCUCGAUCCCAUACAUGGGCCACUUCGACGAGUUAGACCAGCGUGACAUCCAGAACGUUCAGGGCUUGUUGUACCUCACCAUCACGGAAACCAUCUUCCUCUUCAUCUACGCCGUCUUCAUCACGUUCCCCAGCGAAGUGCCCAUAUUGCUGAGAGAGACUGCCAGUGGACUGUAUUCACCGUUGCCAUACUACUUGUCUAAGAUGAUAUUUUGGAUUCCUCGUGCAAUCAUCGAGCCUGUAGUCUAUGCAACCCUUAUUUUCAACGUCGCAGGGCUUCACGGUGGGUUCAUGGGCUGGCUGGGUUUUACCUUCGUCUGCGUCCUUUGUGCCAACUACGCUAAUGCCUAUGGCUCGUUCCUUUCGGCUGUUUUCGACAAAAUGGAGACCGCUGCUCUUGUAGCCGUUCCCUUCGAUCUGAUUGGCACUAUGUUCUCGGGAAUUUAUCUUAACAUAGGCAGCGCCUCUAAAUACGUCUCUUGGAUUCGUUUCCUCUCCGGUUUUUAUUACGGCGUUGAAUCCAUAUCCAUUCUUCAAUGGGACUCUAUAGAGACCAUUGAUUGCGUAGAUAUUCCUGGCAUUCCUUGCAUCAGAGAAGGCCCCGAGGUCCUAAAAAGAUAUGGUUAUGAGGAACAAAAUUAUUGGAGAAACUGCGCCGCUUUGGGUAUCAUGUACUUUAUAGCUCAUGCCAUAUCAUUUGUCAUGGUCGUUAAAAGAAGUCGAGGCACGCCAGUUUACUGA